AUGUUUACGCUGAGUACUCAGUUGAGAUGUUGGACGUUCGCAAGCGCUGACGAGCUGGAAGAGUUGAGGAGAGAGACGAGAGAGGCUUUCAUUAAGAAACAAGAAGAUUCCAUUCAGGAUAGUUCAAUAUUUCUGAGUUAUGAAGAAGAGUGUCAGCUUAGGAGGUACUAUGAAGGAAAGCUGAAGAGAUUUUGCCAGAGAUUUCAACCUCAGAUGCCUAAUUAUGUUUUGGGGACGGCGAUGGCCUAUUUCAAAAGAAUCUAUCUACACAAUUCAAUCAUGGAACCCACUCCUGAAGACUUCAUGUACACUUGUGUAUAUUUAGCGUGCAAAGUUGAGGAGUUCAACUUGACGAUGCAACAGUUCAUAUCCAACUUAGAUGAAGAUCAAAGCAGGGAAAAGAGCAGAAUCUUAGCGAAGGAAUUGCGAGUGAUGGAGAUGGUACAUUAUCACCUGACUGUUCACAACCCAUACAGAGCUCUGGAAGGAUUGUUGAUUGACGUGAAGACCAGAUGUACAGACAUAGCAGAAACGGAAAAAUUGAGACCAUUCUUCGACCAGUUUUUCAACAAGUCGGUACUGACGGACGCCUGCCUGCUAUUUCCGCCAUCACAGAUCGCAUUGGCUGCAAUGAUAACAAGUGCAACUAAUUUGGGCCUCAACGCUGCUUUGGAUAGGUUGGUUGGCUGGCUGAGUGAGUGA